UUUCUCUUCAGCAACGGGUAGCAGAAUUGGAAAAAAUUAAUGCAGAAUUUUUACGUGCACAGCAGCAGCUUGAGCAAGAAUUUAAUCAAAAGAGAGCAAAAUUUAAGGAGCUAUAUUUGGCUAAAGAGGAGGAUCUGAAGAGGCAAAAUGCAGUAUUGCAAGCGGCACAGGAUGAUUUGGGUCACCUUCGGACACAGCUGUGGGAGGCUCAGGCAGAGAUGGAGAACAUUAAGGCAAUUGCCACAGUCUCUGAGAAUACUAAGCAAGAAGCUAUAGAUGAAGUUAAAAGGCAGUGGAGAGAAGAAGUUGCUUCACUUCAGGCUGUAAUGAAAGAGACGGUUCGUGACUAUGAGCAUCAGUUUCAUCUGAGGCUGGAGCAGGAGCGAGCACAGUGGGCACAGUAUCGAGAAUCUGCAGAGCGGGAAAUAGCUGAUUUAAGAAGAAGGUUGUCUGAAGGUCAAGAGGAAGAAAAUUUAGAAAAUGAAAUGAAAAAGGCCCAAGAAGAUGCUGAAAAGCUUCGCUCUGUCGUGAUGCCCAUGGAGAAGGAAAUUGCAGCUUUGAAAGAUAAACUGACAGAAGCUGAAGAGAAGAUUAAAGAGCUGGAGGCCUCAAAGGUUAAGGAGCUGAAUCAUUAUCUGGAGGCUGAGAAGUCUUGUAGGACUGAUCUGGAGAUGUAUGUAGCUGUUUUGAACACUCAGAAAUCUGUUCUACAGGAAGAUGCUGAGAAAUUGAGGAAAGAAUUGCAUGAAGUUUGCCAUCUCCUGGAGCAAGAACGACAACAACACAACCAGUUAAAACACACGUGGCAGAAGGCCAAUGACCAGUUUCUGGAGUCUCAGCGUUUGCUGAUGAGAGACAUGCAGCGGAUGGAGAUUGUGCUAACUUCCGAACAGCUCCGACAAGUUGAAGAACUGAAGAAGAAAGAUCAGGAGGAGGAUGAACAACAAAGGCUUAAUAAGAGAAAAGAUAACAAAAAAACAGAUACUGAAGAAGAAGUAAAAAUACCAGUAGUAUGUGCUUUAACUCAAGAAGAAUCUUCAACACCCUUAUCAAAUGAAGAGGAGCAUUUAGACAGCACCCAUGGGUCAGUUCAUUCCUUAGAUGCAGACUUGCUGUUACCAUCUGGAGAUCCAUUCAGUAAAUCGGACAAUGACAUGUUUAAAGAUGGACUCCGGAGAGCUCAGUCUACAGACAGCUUGGGAACCUCAAGCUCAUUGCAAUCAAAAGCAUUAGGCUAUAACUACAAAGCAAAGUCUGCUGGAAACUUGGAUGAGUCGGAUUUUGGACCACUGGUUGGAGCAGAUUCUGUGUCUGAGAACUUUGAUACUGUGUCGCUUGGGUCACUGCAGAUGCCAAGUGGAUUUAUGUUAACCAAAGAUCAAGAAAGAGCAAUUAAGGCAAUGACACCUGAACAGGAGGAAACAGCAUCCCUUCUCUCUAGUGUCACCCAGGGUAUGGAGAGUGCAUAUGUAUCUCCCAGUGGUUACCGCUUAGUGAGUGAGACUGAAUGGAAUCUCCUGCAAAAAGAGGUACAUAAUGCUGGAAAUAAGCUUGGUAGACGUUGUGAUAUGUGUUCCAAUUAUGAAAAACAGUUACAAGGAAUUCAGAUUCAGGAAGCUGAAACAAGAGACCAGGUGAAGAAACUGCAGGUAAUGCUAAGGCAAGCUAAUGACCAGCUAGAGAAGACGAUGAAAGAGAAACAGGAGCUAGAGGACUUUAUCAAGCAAAGCACUGAGGACUCAAGCCACCAGAUAUCUGCACUUGUCCUAAGAGCUCAAGCUUCCGAGGUCUUACUUGAAGAGUUACAACAGAGCUUUUCUCAAGCAAAGAGGGACGUUCAAGAACAGAUGGCGGUGCUGAUGCAGUCCCGUGAACAGGUUUCAGAAGAGCUGGUGAGGUUACAGAAAGACAAUGACAGCCUCCAGGGAAAGCAUAGCUUACAUGUAUCAUUACAGCUAGCAGAAAACUUCAUUCUCCCAGAUACUGUGGAGGUGCUCCGGGAACUGGUGUUAAAAUAUCGUGAGAACAUCAUUCAUGUGCGGACUGCAGCAGACCACAUGGAAGAGAAGCUGAAGGCCGAAAUACUUUUCCUGAAAGAGCAGAUUCAAGCAGAACAGUGUUUAAAGGAAAACCUUGAAGAGACUCUACAGCUGGAAAUAGAAAACUGCAAGGAGGAAAUAGCUUCCAUUUCUAGUCUAAAAGCUGAAUUAGAAAGAAUAAAAGUUGAAAAGGGACAGUUGGAAUCUACAUUAAGAGAGAAGUCGCAACAACUGGAGAGUCUCCAAGAAAUAAAGGUUAAUUUAGAGGAACAGUUAAAGAAAGAAACGGCUGCUAAGGCUACUGUUGAACAGCUCAUGUUUGAAGAGAAGAACAAAGCUCAGAGGUUACAGACAGAAUUAGAUGUCAGUGAACAAGUCCAGAGAGAUUUUGUAAAACUUUCUCAGACUCUUCAGGUGCAGUUAGAGAGGAUCCGGCAAGCAGACUCCUUGGAGAGAAUCCGGGCAAUUCUGAAUGAUACCAAAUUGACAGACAUUAACCAGCUCCCUGAGACAUGACACCCUGGUAGCAGGAUUCUAACCUGCAUUUUGGGUUUUUAACUCAUCUUUAGAAUAACAUUAAUUAUUAUUAACUCUUAAUGGAAGAAGUCACAGCAAAAGGACGACUGGAGGGAGAAGGCUGCUGUGCGCGGGGACAGCCAGCAGGUGUCUCACGGGAACACUAAUGGGAUACCGGACUUGAUUCCAGCAGGUGUGGGAUCAGACUUGGUGCCAGGAAAGUGCGGUUUCCUUGCCUGCUUUCUCCAGCACGGAUUCUGGAACACAUCUCCUGACAUGAAAGCAACUCCCCUAGUGUUUGGAAUUACGUUUCUGUUCAUACAAACUGGGAGAGAGAAGUUUCUUUUUUCUGUUGUCUAGGGCUCAUCAGUAGCAGUGUUCAGCUAGCAGAGAAGUGUAGUGUGCUGUAUGAGUAUUUUAUAUUAAAAUAUGAAGUGUGAGAGCAGGCCAUUGGCUAUUGACUGUAUUUCCCUCGCUCAGUGCAUUUUUUUUUUCUUUUUACCAUUUUAUCUUCUAUUGGAGGACCUUAAAUGCUACUGAAACUUGCCUGAGAACUAUAGGACCAUGGCAAACAAAAAAGCAAUUCAACAAAAUUAGGAGAAUCUGAAUACUUGGCUAAGGCCAUAUAUAUUGGAAGUUGAAUUGAAGGAAAAAAGCACAAGAAACCUUGGAAGCACUUUUUCUGCACACCGGGAUGAACCUCCUGGGCCCACAGGUACCACAGCAAAGGAGAACUGGCACCACCUACCCUUUCGAAGUGUUUUAGUUACUGGAUCAGUGGAAAAAAUAAUAUUAAUAAAACAAGCUAUCUCUGACAUCUA